AUCAAACGUCAAAUGAGUAAUUGUUGUCAACAAUAAACUCAGCUGAUUGCAUCUACCGAGAUAUCUGAAAUAAAAUUUUUGUACUCAAAAUGGGUUUGGGGGAUUGCUUGGAAAAUCUCAACAUACCCCCUUGUGUAUGGUUUGAAGGGGAUAGAAAGAAUGCUUACGCUGCUAUGGUAGCAGGAUUCCUGUUUUCUCUGGGUUGGUGGAUAAUAAUUGAUGCUUCAAGCGUACAUCCAGGAUCAAUUACUUUCGGCUACCAUCUCUGUGGUAUCUUAGGGACUGUGUCAUUGGUUAUGGUCAACUCGGUGACUAAUGCCCAGUUCAGAGGAGAUGCUUAUGAAGGUGGAUGUCUGGGAUCCAGAGGUGCUAAACUCUGGCUGUUCCUGGGAUUUGUUUUGGGGUUUGCUUCAGUAAUUGCAUCCUGUUGGAUUUUAUUCGCAGUAUAUGUUUCCUCGCCACAAAAAGUAACUUCUGUGCCAAUAUCAAAUGGGACUACAACUAUAAAGCCUCCCCUUCCUGUUGUACAGAGUUCAUGGCCAGGAGUAGCAUUAUUUUUAGAAAAUGCAUUCAUAUUUAUUGCGUCACUCAUUUAUAAAUUUGGCAGAUCUGAAGAUAUGUGGAAUUAAGAGUAUAGUGAAAUAUUUUUAACUGUUAUAACCAAGUUUUUCACGCUUGGGCACUAUGAGUUUGUUUUCUAUAACUAUAAUGUAACAUGUCGUUUUCCUGAAUCAGGGGAAAAAUGCUGAGAAUUUGUUUUUUUUUCCUUUUUGGAGGACUCUUUGUAGGAUAAUUUUUUAAGUAUAUAAUAUUUUGAAGGCAAUAUCACAGUUUAUACUUUGUAAAUAAAUAUACUGCUUUUUCAUCAUAAA